AUGCAGAAAUUCACGAUCACAGAGCCGUUUCUCGACUCCAAAUGCGGUCUUUCCGAGGGCCCUUUCUACGAAGAAGCGACCAAUACCUUGCGCUUCAUCGACAUCGCCAAGCGGCAUGUCUGGUGGGUUGAUUUAAACGAGGGCGCAUCCUCGGCGAGGAAGAUUGAAUAUGACAUUUCAUUCGGUGUCACGGCCAAUCUGCAGUCAGAAACGGAUACUUUCCUAUUUGGCGGAAAACAUGGCAUCGGCAUUGCAAAGCGCGACAGCAGUGAAUACAAAUACAUCCAGCGCUUCUGGAACGAAGCCGAAAUCGCUAAGGAUUAUGAGAAUAUUAUGCGCGGCAACGAUGGCGCGGUUGAUAGCCAGGGCCGUUUUUGGGUCGGUGCCAUGAACGACCCGGCGGUCACGAAUGGAAAGUUUGAUCCUGUCGGUAUUCUCUUCCGUUUCGAUACAGACGGCUCAUUGCAUCGUGUUCUUGAAAAUGUGACUAUCCCCAAUGGCCUCUCGUUUAGCCUAGAUGAUAAAACCAUGUAUUGGACUGAUAGUCCUACGGGCAACAUCUAUGCCUUCGACUACGAUGCGGCGACGGGAAAGAUCUCUAAUCAGCGCGUCUUUUGGCAUUCUGAAAUUGGUGGCCCGGAUGGCCAUGCAAUGGAUGCUGAGGGUAAUUUGUGGGUUGCUCUGUGGGGAGGUUGGAAGGUUGUUAGGGUUUCACCCGAGGGAAAAGUCACUGCUGAGAUUGAGGUGCCCACGAGAUGUCCCACGGCCGUCGUCUUUGUCGGCGAGGAUGUCUACAUCACAAGUGAACAAGACCCCGAAGCAGACAAGUAUCCCGAGUCGGCUAGGUGGCACGGAGGUGUCUUCAAGUGCCAUGUUGGCAUUAGAGGAAGAAAGCUCUUUGAUGCUAAAAUUACCGCCAAUUGA